CAAUAGUCGAAUUUUACACCAAUUUCCCAACACACACACCCACACCCACAUACCCACGCGAUAUGCCAACAUGACACGAAAGUGUAUCCUCGCAACAUCGCAGUUGAACCAGUGGGUGCUGGACUACGAUGGCAACCGCGACCGCAUCAUCCACGCCGUCAAGACUGCCAAAACUGCUGGUGCAAGCCUGAUCCUGACUCCCGAACUCUGCAUUACCGGUUAUGGCCUGCUCGACCACUUUCUUGAAAACGACGUCUACAGUAACUCCUGGGACAUCGUCGCCGAAAUCAUUGUCCAUCCCGAUUGCCAAGACAUCAUCAUCGACUUGGGCAUUCCCGUCCAGCACCGAGGAUGCAGCUACAAUGCCCGCCUCCUCGCUCUCAAUGGUGAGGUGCUUGCCAUCCGCCCCAAGCUCGAUCUAUGCAAUGAUGGCAACUUUCGAGAGAUGCGCUACUUUUCGCCCUGGACGAGACAGCGCGUCGAAGACUAUCGUCUGCCUGAUGCAAUCUCCACGCUUCCCAGGCAUCAGCAGUGGACUCGAAUUGGCGAGGUGGCCUUUGAGACCAGAGAUGCAUCGUUUGCGUCAGAAACCUGCGAGGAACUGUGGACACCAGACUCGCCGCAUGCACUGUAUUCUCUGGCCGGCAUUGAGAUUGUGCUCAACUCCAGCGGCAGUCAUCACGAGCUUCGCAAGCUGGACACACGCAUCAACCUGAUCAAGGAAGCCACUGCCAAGACCGGUGGUGUGUACAUGUACUCCAAUCAACGCGGAUGCGAUGGUGACAGGCUCUACUACGACGGCUGUGCACUGAUCCUCAACUCGGGCCAUGUUCUUGCCAAGGGCUCGCAAUUCUCGCUUCGAGACGUAGAGGUGCAGACUGCCGUGGUCGAUCUCGAUGAAAUCUGGGCCUUCCGCACAUCGAAGAGUCGAGGCAUGCAAGCCAACAACCCCAAAGUGCACAUGCUGGAGCGAUUGAAAGUGGAUUUCGAUCUGUGUUCGGGUCAGAAAUACUCACUGUCAAAGCUGACACCUGCGAUGCAGGACAAGGACCUCUACCACCUCCCCGAAGAGGAAAUUGCCCUGGGACCUGCAUGCUUUCUUUGGGACUACCUUCGUCGCUCCAGAGCAGGUGGGUUCAUCGUUCCCCUCAGCGGCGGAAUCGACAGCUGUGCCACUGCCACGAUUGUUUUUAGUAUGUGCAGGCUCGUAGUUGCCGAGAUCAAGGCCGGUAACAAGAUAGUUCUCGACGAUGCCACCCGUCUGUGCAAUGGAGAAGAUGUCACAAGCAUGACAGCUGAACAGUUCUGCAACAAGAUCUUCUUCACGGCAUUCAUGGGCAUGAAGGACCGAUCAUCAGUCGAGACUCGUACUCGCGCGGAAGCCCUGGCGAAAGCCAUUGGAUCAUAUCACAUCGACACCAACAUCGAUCAGAUGGACUCUGCACUGCGAACACUGGUGUCGAGCAUUCUGCAAAAAGAGCCUCAGUUCAAAGUGCAUGGCGGCUCACAGACAGAGAACUUGGCAUUGCAAAACUACCAGUCCCGGUCGCGCAUGGUCUUGACGUACGGUCUUGGGCAGCUUCUCCUCUGGUCACUCGGAAGACCCGGAGGACUCCUGGUGCUGGGAUCCGCCAACGUAGACGAGUGCCUUCGAGGCUAUCUCACCAAAUACGACUGUUCCUCCGCAGACAUCAACCCCAUCGGCGGCAUUUCCAAAACCGACCUCAAGCGAUUCAUCGCAUGGGCGCAAACAAGCUUCGCGCUCCCCAUCCUCGGCGAAUUUCUCGACGCCAUCCCCACUGCCGAGCUCGAACCCAUCACAGCAACAUACGUGCAAAGCGACGAAGCCGACAUGGGCUUCACCUACGACGAGCUCUCCAUCUUGGGCCGUCUGCGCAAGACCUACAAACUCGGCACCGUCGGCCUGUUUGAGCGUCUCGUCGUCGACUGGAGCGACCGGCUCGCGCCUCGGGACGUGUACAAAAAAGUGCGAGAUUUCAUGUACUAUUACGCUACCAAUCGCCACAAAAUGACCACCAUGACUCCUGGCUUGUACUUGGAAUCGUACACGCCCGACGACAAUCGAUUUGAUCUCCGACCGUUUUUGUAUCCUCGAUUUACGUUCGAGUAUCGAAAGGUGGAGAAUUUGCUUGAUAAGAUGGAAAAAGGCGAAGUUACUCAUCCAAAAAGCAGUGGAACCUAAUCUGAUCUUGAUGCUUCUCGUCUACAUACUCGUUAUGAGAGGCAGUGACGGUGGUGGUGGUGGUGAAGAUAGAAUAUUCUACUGCACGUACCACCCCAAUACAUAGGUACCAAUACAGUAUAGAUUGAAAAAAGAGAAGAAAAAAAUUACCUGAC